AUGCCCCGGCGGGUUGCCCUGCCAACCGCGUCACUUCCGCAUCCGAAAAAAAUCCCGAAUUUUUGCAAGUUUGGCGAGAAAUUCACACCUACAAUGACGUCUAAAUCAGGAAGCCUGCGUAGAUCCAGUAGUGGCAGUAAGCUCAACAAGAGCGGCUCCAACCUGGCACCGGCAUUCAGCAAGAGCCUGCGGUCGUCGACCUCUGACCUGGGAAACAUCGAAGCAGAGUACAUCAAGAACCUUCAGCAGCAAGUUUACUUCCUGGAGCUGGAGGCCAACUUCUUGCGGGACCAGGCCAAAAAAGCCACAGACAUCCACCCCAGGAUGACGGCAGAAGCAGAGCGGAUGUUGCGAAAGCUGCGGGACCUUCAGUCAGAAGUGGACGGACUGUCCCUGGAAAUACGCAGGAAGGAAUCUCAUCUGGACAUGCUCUCUACUGAGAAGAGCCGUGUCGAGUCUAAACUUGUCACUACUGAAGAUGCGUACUCCCGUGAGAAGCGUCUCCUGAUGGAUGAGAUAGUUUCCCUGCGGAAGCUGAAGGAGGUGGCGGACCGUGACAUCACCAUUAAGGACAGGGACAUCCUCGCGCUGAGGGAACAGCUCACACAGACACAGGUCGACUAUAACAACGCUAACCACAAGAUCAAGAUACUACAGACACAGUUGGACCAGCGCGCGGCUGACCACAAGGUGACCCAGUACCACCUGGAGGAGAAGAGAGCCGACCUGCUGAAGACCCAGUCUGCUCUGUCUGCUGCCGAGGACAGGUACUACACCAGCACAGCUGCUAUGGCGGAGGCUGCCACGAAGGAUCUCAGGGAGGAAACUCGCUUGCUGCGUAUCAAGCUAAAAGACCAUGAGAUGUCCUCCGACCAGGACAGGUUCCUCAGGAAUAAGAUGUCAGAUGACCUGGCGAGGGUGACCAAAGAAAAUGCUUUACUGGGACAACAGGUGGCUGAACUGAACAGGCAACUGGACAGGGAGCGUCACCUGCGAGAAGACAAGGAGACCCGUGAAGCCUCCAAGACGAUGGAGGUGAUGUCCCUCCAGGACCACGAGCGCCAGCUCAAGUUCGAGAUCGAGACGCUCCGAAAUCAGCUGGAGGAGGAGAGGGCAAAGGUCAGGAACUACAUGGACCAGGUGCGUGUACAGGAGGAGCUAGGGACAUCAGUGCGUUUAGAAGGCGCCACGGCUAAGAGCCAGCUGCGGGAGUUGGAGGGCAUUCACACGUCGACUAACGUGGAGAACUCUCAGCUGCGGCGCGACAAGGCACUACUGGUGGACCACGUGGCAGAGCUGCAGAAACAGCUGACAGUGAAGGAAGAGGAGAUCCUGAGGCUGAGGAACCAUGUCUACACCCUUCAGGGCGACGUGGACCGUGUCCGUUCCGCCACGCUGUUGGAGAGUUCCAUCCAAGCUCAGAAGUGGGACGAGAUCUCACGCCUCACGCGUAGUCUGAGCGCUCGAUCACUCAGUCCUGAUAGAUACUAAAGGCAGUUAGCUUUGGUUUGUCUUUAAGUUUACCAAAGGAAAACAUCUUGUUUUUGCUCAGUUUCUUCUUCUUCUCCAAACAGUGACCUAUGAUUUUAACAGUAGGUCUGUAACUGUAAGAUCACUGAGAUAAAGUAGAGAUAAAGCUGAACCGAAAGAUCAACUUACUCUAAAAGAGAGUCAGAGAGAAGUCUUGGAACAUAGUUUCAGGGAGGGAACAUGCUCAAACUCUGUCUUGACAGAUAUUAGCAGUGUUUUAGAUUUUACACUAAGGCUAUGCUAAGUUAUUUUCUAACUUCUUGGUCAUUUUGUUUUAUAUUCAGCAUUUAUUAGAUCCAAAAUCUAAUGAAAAAUAGAAUUUUGUUUGUUGUUUAAGUCUAAGGUAGUCAUUGGUGAUCCCGGUCCCGUACCCUUUUAGAGAU